AGAUUUGGUUUGUUUUUUUGAAAAUUUUGAAGAAUGGCCAAAUAUAUUUUAACAAUCUGUUGUAUCUUUUCUCAUACCCUUUUGCUUCCAUGCAUGAAUUGAAAAACACACACACCUAAUUAAGAGAUAGAGAGAGAGAGAAAGCAGAGAGUGUGUGUUGUGUUGGUUGAGAGAGAGAGAGGAGGAAUAGAUCCAAAAAUGCAGCUGACCUUUUUAAGUAACAUCACUUCCUCUCUCUUUUUUUUUAAGUAUUUUUUUUUUCUUAUUUGCCCCAAAAUCAAAAGAAAGGAAACAAAUCUCUUUGUGUUCAAAAAAAAAAAAAAGGAAACAAAUCUCUAAACUUCAAAGGAUAGAUUGUAUUUUUAAAAACUUAUCUCUUUGCUUCCUCUUAUUAGCUCGAAGGUCAGAUCUUGUACUUAGCUAGAGAACAACUGUCACAUCCCAAACUCUGAUCCCUAAGAAAGCAUAUCAACCUUUGUUGCUUCUCUCUCUCUCCCUCUCUCUCUCUCUCUCUCUCUCUCUCUCUCUCUCUCUCUCUCUCUCUCUCUCUCUCUCUCUCUCUCUCUCUCUCUCUUCGCUAAGAAAGCAUCAAGCUUUGUCGUUUUGUGCAACAUUUUUCUGAGCUUGUUUGGUGUUGGAUCAUUUGUCUUAAGAUCAAUGGAGAAGAUGAUAGAGAGGGAGUACAUGUGCAAGUUCUGUAACAAGAAGUUACCUUCUGGUAAAUCACUUGGACGUCACAUCAGGAUUCACACCAACCAGUACUCACUUCUUUCAAGUAGCUACAAUGGCAAGAACAACAACAAUAAGAGGUUGGCGGAUCAGAGAGAGAUCACGGCUCUAACACAGCAGCAGCAGCAACUUUGUUGCAGAGAAUGUGGUAAAGGUUUUGAUUCUUUGAAAGCUCUUUGGAAUCACAUGGAUUGUUGUCACUGUGAGGGAGAGAAGUUGGUGAUGGAUACUGAGACUACUUCUUCAGGUCCUACCAGGAAAAGAUCCAAGAAGCAGUUCAGUUCAGAGUCUUUUAGUAAUGGGAGCUCGUCUUCUUCUGCUUGUGAGAUUGACCAAGAAGAUAAGAACACUGCUUUGUCUCUCAUGAUGAUGUCUAUGGAUUCUAGAGGACUUACCUUGGUGGUUAACUCUCUAGUAGCUGAGUCUUCAGAGAAUAACUCUGAUGAUGAUGAUGAUGAUAAUGGUGCUAUUCUCUCUGAUUCAUAUAGCUCAGACUCUGAUUACUUCAUGAAUGGUCCAAAGAGGUCAGACUCAGAUAUCUCGGUUGAUGGGUGUCUUAGGAACAAUGGUGGUGAGUUUGGGGUCAAGGAGGGAAGAUCAAAGUAUGAGCUGCGCAAAAGCAAAAGGGUUGUCUUGCCUUGUUAUGAGAGUGAUUCUUGUGCAGUAGACACAAACAGCAAGAAAGCAAUUAGUGCAAACAAGAAUGGCAAAUGUCACGAGUGCCCAUUCUGCUUCAGAGUGUUCAAGUCAGGACAAGCUUUAGGAGGUCACAAGAGAUCACAUUCUUUUGUGAACCAAGAACACAGGGUCAAACACAAAGCUGCUGCUGAUAUGCGAAUCGAUCUCAAUCUUCCUGCUCAUGAUGUUGAAGAAUGAACCAGAGCCUGAAACCACAGGUCAUCCCUUGGUUUUGUUUUCUUCUGGUGUUUGUUUUUCUUAAAGGUAAUUCAAAUGUUUGUUCAUGUAAAGCCUUAUCAAUUAGCCAUUUCUUUGCUUUAGGACUUCGAGUGUUGAUCUAAAGCUUCAUGUCUCUUACUAAGAUUCUUCUUGUCUUCAACAUUUAAAGAUUUUUUUCUUUCUCUAGCUUUCACUUUAUAAACCUUCCUCUGCAACUCGUACCUUAGUAAUAAUAUACUUACUACACCUUGACCCACAAACCCAUGCAAAUGUUUAUUUUCAAUUUGCAGUGUUUUAUAUUUAUUAUUGUUUAGCUAUUUAUUUUAGUUUGUAUAAGUGUAAUCUUGUUAAUAGUGUAUUCUAUGCUGAUUAAAAAAACUAAAAAUGACAGAUUGCAUUAGUUCUUUUUUUUUAUUAUAUCCACAUCGUUGAGACGGAUGUCUGUUCAUCAUAGACUUUGGGGUGAUUGGUUGAACUGUAGGAAGUGAUUUUAACUUUAAUUUUCAUCUACAAUCUUAAUUACUACUAAUCAUGUUUUAUCUUAGUUUUUAAAGUUACAACCAAAAAACUAAAGCUACAGCAAAAACAUAUAAAAAAUGGUUGUAAAAAUCUUAUUUUCUAAAGCUUCAUCUUUUUAGCUGUAGAAAAUUUUAAAGCUACAUC